AUGAGAAACGGUGAGGGGCACAAGUGUGCAUCAGGGAGACCAGACGGAUGUGGCUCUGGUACCCCAAGUGAGUCAAGGUGGCUGGUCAAGCUCGAUUUAGCCAAAGAUGGGGAUGGAGAGAAGUGGAAGGCCAUGGGAGACAUGCAGGCAGGAGAAGACCUGCAACAAGAAGAGGAUGGACCAACAGGAGAACCACAAGCAGAGGAUGACGAUUUCCUUACAGCAGCUGAUUCAGAUGACAGAUUUGAGACCCUGGAGCCUGAAACAUUCCAUGAAGAAACUGAGGAUAGUUACCAUGUGGAGGAGACAGUUUCACAGGAUGAUAACCAGGAUAUAGAAGACAUGAUAUAUGAACAGGAAAAUCCAGAUUCCAGUGAACCAGUAGUAGUAGAUGAUGGGAGAUUGCACCAUGAUGCAGAUGAUUUAACACACCAACACUAUGAGGAACAAGUAUAUGAACCUUCCGAAAAUGAAGGGAUAGAAAUUUCAGAUAGUGCUGUAGAAGAUUCAAACAUAACCUCAGAAGUGCUAGUGCUGUGGCUCAGUCCUCCUCGUCUUCCUGCAGCACAGCAGCAGCCUUGCCUCAUGCCUACCCCUUCAAAUUCAUCGUUCAAAAGUACUGAUCUCACUGUCCAAUCUCGAGUUGGCUUAAGCAAUAAAGCAUUGAGGACAGAUUAG